AUGUAUUUUUUGAAACUGGAAAUAUUCUUUUUGUAUACAAAAUAUGUAUACAACUUUGAGACUUAUCUCUGCGGUGAACGAUGUGAUAACGUGACAACUAGACAAGAGAUUCGAUUUCCAGAGGAAAGAAUGUCAUCCUUUUUUAUAGAUGACGAUUAUGACUUUAACGAUUAUGCUCGUUCCUUUAACAAUAAUACCACUAUUUUAACGGCACACUUCCAUUGGAAUUCGCUGACUCGCCUCGUCCUCACGAUUCUGUUACGCGUUGGCUUCGUCCUCGUACAAGUUGGCAGCGUACCGAUCAACAACGUCAAUCUAAUACUCCUUCAAAAUGUGGUCGACUUAUGUUGCGUUACCGUCAUGUACUUCCUCACGGGCUUCCUCAUCGCCUACAAUGGCGACGUGGGUGGUUUGAUCGGCGAAGGUUCCUGGAUCGGUGAUCCAACGAUCGACAGAAAUGAAGCGAUUGUCGGCUGGCAAGCGGUGGUGAUCGCGUCGGCGAUUUGCACCAGUGCUAUCGUGGGUAGAAUGCACACAGCGGGAUAUCUGCUGAUAAAUAUCCUCUUAUCUGGUCUGAUACAACCGUUGCUGAUCCACUGGGCCUGGACGGCUGAAGGAUGGAUGGCGAAGAACAAAUUGGGUGGAAGAGUAGUCGCUUUCAAGGACUACGCUGGCGCGGGGGUGGUUCAUAUCGUCGGGGGAUUUUCCGGCCUGAUUGGAUGUCUCGUCCUCGGCAGGAGAAUGCUUAUAUUGAGAGAUCUGGAUGAUGCGAGUAUUACCGCCGGUUCCGCUGGGACCGUUUUCGGGGGCCUUCUAUUAAUAUUCGCCGGACUUCAAGGCUUACGCACGAGUACGUACGACGGUGACAAAUUCCGAAUAUAUACACGGGAUCCAUCGCACGCAUACAUCAACAAUUUACUAGCCGCAUCCUCGUGCACGCUGCUAGUCGUGGCCCUGCAUUUCAUAUUUUGCCGAGAAACCUUCAAUCAUUGGACCGUGAUGAGAUGCGUUCAAGGCACAAUCGUCGGUGUGGUGACAGUAUCAGCUGCCACGAACGAUUAUUCGCCACAAAUAGCUAUUGCCUUGGGUUGUCUGGGAGGUAUCACGUUCUAUUUGAUCUCCAGACAGGUUUUUGGCAGCGCUUUGGAGGAUUACUGCAAUAUCAUAGCUAUACACCUAGUUUGCGCAAUUCUCGGUAGUACAUUGGCUCCUCUUUGUGCUGCGCGCACUGACGAGGAUACCGUAACGAUAUUGUGGAGUUUCUCCUGGCAAUUAAUUUGUCUGGCCGCAUUGUUAGCUCUGGUUGGUACGGCGAUGUUGUUAGUCUUCGGCAUGCUGGAAUGCUGCAGUAUACUUCGCAAUAGAUCGGAAUGUCUGAACCACACAAGGGCUAAUGCUGCCAUCGAUAGAGGUCCGCCGAGAUCGUUUUUGCAGAGACUCUUCUUUCCUGAUAGCGGAUGCCUCUAUCUGCAACCGAGUUUGAUAUUCGGUACGAAACAUCGUCCAAGUGUUGGUUCCAGAUCUUGGAAGUAUCAAACGGAGAUAGACAAACUUGAAGAAGGGAGACCUACCGGGAGUAAACGGAAUGUGAAUACCAAAAUUGACGAUAAUAUUAUGAAAGUUCAAGUGCCAGAAGCAAGAGUAAAGAAAGCAAGACAAGUGCAUACUUUGCCUGGGUGUAUACCUGUGUUGAUAGAGGAUCAAGGUGGUACUGGUGAAUCGAUUAACAAUGAUCUUUCGGAAAUUGGAAGAAGACAAUUUCUUGGAAAAGAAAUAAAAUGUAUUUUAGAUCCUAUCGAAGAAAUAGAUGAGGAGAUUGCGAAAGAAUUUGAAGUCAAGGAAAGUAAGGCUCAACAUAAAAUUGAGGAUCACAAUGUUGGUGAUAAAAGUUCAACCUUGAUGGAAAAUUUUAAUACGAAACCUGCAGAGCCGGAAGAUUUGAAUGAAUCGAAUUAUCAGCUUCGGAGAACUAUAAAACUGAUGAAUUUAUAUCACGAAUUUGUCAAAGAAGAUAUGAAAGUCGUAUUGGGACCGAAACGCAUGGAUUCUUCAUCCAGUGAUUCGUGCGAUGAGGAUACUAUCUUUGAAAAGACAUCAGAUUUGAAGAAGGAUAUUGCAACAAUGAUUCAUUAAUUUAUAGCGUAAAGUAGUUAUGUUCCUUACUACCGCAAUAAGAUUUGUUUAAAACGCGCGGUAGAUAUCUGCAUACAAUGUCAAAGUGGCAAAGUUAUCAAAGGACAAGCCAUAUUCCUUAGAGCUGUCAUUCUGAGGAUAUUAUACAUAACUUUGAUGAGAAAAUAGUUCCGCACAUAAGGAACAGACCGCUUGCUGUACCUAAAUUGUUCUAGUUCUAGUUUUAGGACGGCGUUAAUAUACACAAGCAAGAUAUAUAUAUCAAAGAUGUAUCUUAAAAGAGAAUAAAGAGAAUCGAGUGUGUCAUAUAAAAUAAUUAUAAAUAAAAUUAUAUUAAAAUUAAGAAAGAUAUGAUUCAAAAUGUGUGUGUGUGUGUGUACUAGAAAAAAUAAGUUAUGUAUUGUAUAGCAUUUUUCAAUAUGUAUCAUUGUUACAAAACUGUCUAGUCUAGGAUUUUCAGUGCUUCUUUUAUUAGAACUUAUAAGCUAUUCGUACAAUUAUUACAAUAUUUUACAAUAGAAUAAUUAUAAGUUAAAUAAUUAAAGUUUUGUUUUUUAGAGUGUCAUACAUAUAUCCUACGCGCAGUUUUGUUUAUUCAUAUAACAAUGGCAUUUCUCUUUCUGUGUGACAGUUUCUAUUGGAACAGAAUAUUUACAGAAUGCUCGUUAUUUCUGUGCGUAUUUAUACGCAAACGAUUGCACCCACGAAAUUUGAAAGCAGUUAGCAAUACGCCAUCAUUGAUUAUAUAUAUAAUCAUCAGUAUUUUAUAUAUAAUUGUAAAAAUCCAAAUGUUCUUAAUUUAUUUGAACAAUGCAUAAUAACACAAAAACAACAAAUAUAUAUCCCAGUACUUAUAUUAUCAUAUGUUUUUAACAUGUAUAUAUAAUUUGAUAGCACUCGGAUAUUAAUGCUGUACAUAAUUUUACAAUGUUAUAUAUUUUACUAUAUUAUGUUCAAUCAUAUUAUAUACCAACACAAAAUUUUCAAAAAAUAGAAAAAUAAAAAAGCAUAUAACUAGAGAAUACAAAAUAGAAAUAUAGAAAAAGACCAUAUAUAAAGUUUAUAUGUGAAAUAGAAAAAUAGGAAAGAUAAUUAUAGAAAAUGUGAAAUCAAUGAUGAGAUAAUGCUAGAUGUUGGCCCUGCUUACACUUUUGUGCGAUUAUGAUAAAUUUCGCGGGGUUAUCAUCUACCUCUGUUUGCCGUCAGGUUAUUGUCAGGUAGUAGCAAGCCGGACACUCGUUGCUACCGCCAUACCGAACAAAAUUAAGGAUUGACUCUAAAAAUCCAACAUGAUUGAUACGUUAUAAUCAUAAUCAUAAUAUAUACAACAUUGGUAAAAUGGCACGAUUCCAUAAAACAGGUCAAUAAGUUGAUAUUAUCUUAUUAUCACUAACAACUACUGUUAUAACACUAAUAAUAACUUUGUACAUGAUUUGUUAAAUAUUAUGGCAUAAUUUUAACGGCAGUAUAAAAAUGAAAACAAGUCAUACAAACGUAACAAAAGAUUUAUAUAUAGAAGAUUAUCUGAAUAUAACAUGAUCCAUGCAUAACUCUGAUGCAGAGAUCAUUGAACAAAAUCAUCAGAAAUAUUCAUAAUAAGAAACAACUGAUGUGAUACUAAAACUGUAAUGAAAGAUGUUUUUUUUAUUUCAUCUUAUAAUGAAUUCAGUUGGAUGCACUGGUGCACAUUACUGAUUAUCGUACACAAAUUUACAAUAUAACCGAAAGUAAUUAAAACAUUAAGAUAACUAUAAUAAUAUAUGUUAUUAUUAUCAUUAUUCGUAUUGAACAUUAAUAAUAAUAGUUUAAUAUUUAUUUUAUUUUUUUAAUUACUUAUAUCAUUGUAAAUUUCUGUAUGAUAAUCUUUAUGUGCACCAGUGCGCACUAGUGCAUCCAAUCAAAUUCGCUAUUGGAUUGCUAGUCUUGGAUUAAGACUUUUUCUUAAUGGACCAUACAAUAUUAAUACACUUUUCAAUAUAAAAAGUGCGGCAAGCAGGUAUUAUAAUACACAGGUAACUAUCCCAUCAGAUUUUUAAAUUUCCUUCUUCCCAUAAACUCCUUACAAUGUACAAUUAUAGAUAGUCACAGAUACACAGACAGGAUUAUUAAAAAUAUUUGUACAUAUAGUUCGCAUUGGAGAUAAUAUAUACGUAUAAGUGACUAAUAAAUAACAAAAAAAAAAAAAAA